AUUUGCUACCGGGCUUGGACGUUCGGCGGGCGCCUGCCCCUCGGACACAGCCCAGGUCACAUCAGAGCUCCACAGCACGCCCUGUGUCUAGGUCGUUUGGGAAGCGCCUUGGAGAGUCAAGAAUAAAAUUGCAGGUCAAACAAUGGAUGACUGGAAAAGUCGGCUUGUAAUCAAGAGCAUGCUUCCCCAUUUCGCCAUGGUGGGAAAUCGUCAGGAGCCCAGAAAGCUCCAGGAAUCGCCACAGGGAACCAUUAAGAGGAGACAGGAAGGAGAUGACUUCCAAUUUCCAGGCAUGGCUGAUGGAGGUUACCCUAAUAAAAUUAAGAGGCCCUGCCUUGAAGAUGUCACCCUCCAGAUGGGCCCAGGUGCCCAUCCCAGUACCCUCUGUGCAGAGUUGCAGGUCCCCGCGUUAACGAUGGCUCCUAGCUCUGCCACGAUGGGAGCAUCUGGCCAGUCCUUCCUACUCGAGCACAAUCCCAUGAAUGGCAGUGUGACAGGGUCUCCAUAUGGGGUGCAACCAGCUCCAGAAAUGGGGCUGAAAGGGCCCAGCAUUCCUUACUACGAGAAAAUGAACAGCAUGCCGGCUGUAGACCAGGAGCUUCAAGACCUGCUGGAGGAGUUAACCAAAAUUCAGGAACCUUCUCUGAGUGAACUAGAUCUGGAAAAGAUCCUGGGGAGCAAACCAGAAGAGCCACUGGUCUUACACCAUACACAGACACCCGUAGAGACACCGCCCAAGCUUCCGGUGCAGAUGCCACCAUUAGAGGGCCUGGAUUCUGGCAAGGAGUUCGCUUCUAGUUGCAGCCAAGUGACUGGCGUGUCCCUGCCAAUGCUGCCCUCCUCCACAGGGGUCGGCUAUUCGAUUCCUUCUACCAGUAAGCAGAGGGCAUCACCCAGUUCCUCAACAGCACAGGCCAAGAACCAGGCCAUGCUCCCUGUUGCUUUGCCCCCACUACCGGUGCCUCAGUGGCAUCAUGCCCACCAGCUGAAAGCACUGGCAGCCAGCAAGCAGGGAUCUGCUACGAAGCAGCAAGGCCCUAGCCCCACUUGGUCUGGCCUGCCCCCUCCAGGCCUCUCCCCUCCUUACCGCCCAGUGCCAUCGCCACACCCACCACCGCCACCACCUUUCAGCCCUCAGAGCUUUAUGGUAUCCUGCAUGUCAUCCAGCAGCUCAUCGAGUAGCACUUUGCAAGGCUCACCCAAUGCCUUACUCUCCAGCAUGGCAUCUAGCAGCCAUGCCACCCUUGGGCCCACCUUGCCCUACACUCCUGAGAAGCUCCCAAGCCCAGCUCUCAACCAGCAGCCACAGUUCAGCCCCCAGAGCUCCAUCCUUGCCAACCUGGUGUCCUCUUCCAUCAAAAGCCCCCAAGGGCACCUGAUGUCUGCUCUGCCCACCAGCAACCCAGGGCCAUCCCCACCCUAUUGCCCAGAGAAGCUGUCCAGCCCAGGUUUGCCACAGCAGUCCUUCACCCCCCAGUACUCCCUCAUCCGGAGCCUCACUCCCACCAGUAGUCUGCUGAGCCAGCAGCAACAGCAGCAGCAGCAGCAGCAGCAACAGCAGCAGCAGCAGCAGCAACAGCAGCAGCAGCAGCAGCAGCAGCAGCAACAGCAGCAGCAAGCAAAUGCCAUCUUUAAGCCCAUGACCAGCAACUCCUCCAAAACCCUGAGCAUGCUCAUGCAGCAGGGGCUAGCCAGCUCCAGCCCAGAAGCCCCUGAGCCAUUUACCUUUGCCAACACCAAGCCCUUGUCCCAUUUCACUUCUGAGCCAACCCCCCAGAAGAUGCCCUCCAUGCCUGCUACCUCUAGGCAGCCUUCCCUCCUCCACUACCUGCAGCAACCAAUGCCAGCACAGGCCUCAUCAGCCACUGCCUCCUCCACUGCCACUGCCACUUUGCAGCUGCAACCACAGCCACAGCAGCAGCCUGAGCAUUCGUUCCUCUUGCAGCAAAUGAUGCAGCAACCCCAGCGCUUUCAGCGACCAGUGGCCUGCGAGUCCAUGACCACUCUGCCCAGACAGACUCAUGUAGACAAAGCCUGCAAGCUUGGGGAAGCCAGGCCCCCCCAGGUCAGCCUCGGGCGACAGCCCCCAUCCUGCCAGGCCCUGGGGAGUGAGGCCUUCCUGCCCGGCAGCUCCUUUGCUCAUGAGCUGGCCAGAGUCACCUCCUCGUACAGCACCUCAGAGGCAGCGCCCUGGGGCGGCUGGGAUCCGAAGGCCUGGAGGCAGGUGCCUGCUCCACUACUGCCUAACUGCGACGCCACAGCAAGAGAAACAGAAAUCAGGUCUUAUGGCAAUGAUCCCUAAACAGCGAAGUGCGUAUGUGGCCCAGCAGAUGAGUCAAUUUCAAGCCGUCCAAGAACAAGUCACCUCCAAGUGUAGCCAGACCACGGCAAACCCCUCCUCCAGCCAGCACAUGAUGCCGCCCAGACCUGGGCUCCUCCCGAACCAUCUGAACCGAGGAACAAUCCCACCCACCCGGCGCCAGAGCUGCGAGGGCAUGGGUGUGAUCUCGCCAACUCCGCGGAAGCAGCCAGGAGCAUGCAGCCCUGGCUCCCAGCUCCCCACGUCCUCCCGCCCCAGCCAAAACCCCCCAGGCAGUCUUGAUUUUGUCUGCCAGCAUCCACAGAGUGCCAAGGCCGCCCCCCAAGGAGUGCCCCUGCCCAGGUUCUGUCCCAGCCCACUGGGCAGCCAGCCCCUCAGUCCCCACUGCCUCAGACAGCCCAGUGUGCCAAAAAUGCCCACUGCAUUCAACAAUGCCACAUGGGUGGUAGCAGCGGCGGCGGCAGCUGUGACCACAGCAGUUUCAAGGGAACCAUCCCCAAGCCAAGCAGAUAACAGCAUUCAGCAGCAUUUCGAUAACAAUUCUGUCUUUGCCAAGGCACCCAUGAAAGUGCCCCUGGUGGCCCCAGCUUUUCCAUCUCAGCUGGCAGUUGCACCCCCUGGGCACGUGACCCCGGGAAACAGGUCUGGCCAGAAGGGGAGCAGCGCUACCCUGGCCCAUCCCAGCUUUAGC